GUGAUGACGUAGUUGAGGGGCGCCAUCGUUUCAGCGGCAAAUCAAGCAUGAUAGGGAGGAACAGGGUAUUAAAUACCUCAGGACAAGAAGCUGACUGAAUAAUAAGUGGAAUUUUGUGAAAGCCAAGAUUAUCAUGUGAAUGACACUCUUAAUGAUAUUUCAUUGUGGUUUCAAAACAAGUUUCUGCCUAUAGAAUACAAUUAGAUAUGGAAAGUAGCCUUCAACCUGAUCUGGACCCUAAUAAAGAUGACCUGCCCCUGCGGGCUAACACCAACCAUAUGCUCGUCAGGCACUAUGUGCUUGACCUGACUGUUCACUUCCAAAGAAAGGUCAUUGGUGGCAGUAUUGUUCUGUUUCUGGAGCCUGGUAGGGGUUCUUGCAAACAAGGUGAACAGGGAUCUGUAUCAAACACACCAGUACAAGACUGUUGGUUGUCACCAUCUAAACAUGGUGGAAGUUCUCACAUUAUGCCAAAACAGGUGAUAUCUCAGAAGAAAACAGGACCAUCACAUUUGAGUGAAGGAAAUGAUGAGAGCGAAGAAUUCACCUUGGUGCUGGAUUGUUGUGAUUUGGAUGUGUCAGUAGUGGAAGAGGUUGAUGUAACCACUGUACUUGAUUCAAAGAGGCUUGAUGUAGACCAGUUGUAUGCAAAUGCUGAUCAUACAAAGUCUAGUCUGGUACAGAGGCUGAUCUCUUUUCCCUCAGCCUGCUGGAGACAGCAGCAAGAUCUGUAUUUCCAGUGCAGCCGUUCCCCUACUGCCCUAAAUGCACGUCCUCUACGGUUCCACAUGGACCAGUGGAGUCUGCAGAUAAAGAAAGAGGGAGUUUGCUCCCCCCACACUUUCCCAUGUGCUCUCAGAAUCUGGUAUGAAACUAAGCCCACAGGUGGUUCUUUGAGAUGGACAAAGGACCAAGAUGGCAGAUGCUGUGUAUAUACCAUGGGUUCGCCCAUCAACAACAGAGCCCUUUUCCCAUGCCAAGAACCCCCUGUUGCCAUGUCAACAUGGCAGGCACGUGUGAGAGCUCCGUGUGAUUACACUGUUCUAAUGAGUGGUGAAAAUCAAGCCUCUCCUAAGCCUGUGGAGACAGGUUUUCUAAAGUGGGAUUAUCAUGUUACAAUGCCAAUGCCAGCCUCUACCUUUACCAUAGCAGUAGGACAAUGGCUAGAGGCUGGAGUUCCCAACGUUGAGGUGGAAAAAACUAAAGAAACCUAUGCUGAAACACCCUUUGCUUCUUUGGACAACUUACAGUCCAGGCCUACAGAUCAACGACAAAAGAAUCUAAUUGCAUGCCAUUUAUCAGAGCAAGGAGAUGAUUGGCAAUAUGUUUGUGCCCACAUUGAUUAUCCUUGUCGCUUCAUGGUCAGUGCUGCAGGUGCACAGACUGUUAUUCCUCAUCGGGUAUUUGCCCCACCCUGUCACCUGCAGAAAGCAGAAGACAUGGUUCUUCCUCUGCUGCCCCUCUGUCUGACUGCUGCCCACUCUGUUCUUGGCGUCCAUCCUUUCUCACGCCUAGAUGUGCUCAUUGUACCGCCAGGGUUCUCUAGUCUGGGCAUGGCCAGUCCGCAUAUCGUGUUUCUGUCUCAGAGUGUGCUAGGGGGUGAGAAGAACCUCUGUGGGGCAAGAUUGUGCCAUGAGAUCGCCCACUCCUGGUUUGGGCUGGCCAUUGGGGCACGGGAUUGGACAGAAGAAUGGAUCAGUGAAGGUUUCGCCACUUAUUUUGAAGAUGUGUUCUGGGCCCAAGUUCAGCAGUUGAGUAGAAGAGAGGCUGAUGAGCAGAGAAAGUUGAAGGCUCUAUUGCGCCGGAGGAGACUGAGUGAUGAGUUACAGAAUUCUGAAGAAGAGCUGCAGGUCCUCAGGCCCAAUAGAGAGAACACAGGUGAAGCGAGUGAAUCUGGUGCUUCAGUGGUAAAACAUGCCCUCAAUCCAGAAAAAUCCUUCAUGCAAGUUCACUAUCUGAAGGGCUACUUCCUCUUGAAGUUUCUGGCUGAUCAGGUUGGUGAGGAGGAGUUCCUUCUCUUCUUCAAAGCCUUUGUGAGAAAAUUCCACGGCCAGCUCAUCCUGUCUCAGGAUUUCCUCCAGAUGCUCCUGGACACAUUUCCCGCAAUGAGCAGUCGAGGCGUCACACUUGAAACAAUCUUCUCAAACUGGUUAGAUACACCAGAAAUGCCAAAGUGGCUGACGGACGCCAGCUCAGAAUGGUUGAAGACUCCAACGGUGGAAGAAGUCAAAGAAGAGGUUGCAAAAUGGAUCCACUUCAGUAGCUCUGGUGGAAAAGGCACCAAGCGGAAAAGAGCAGGGCCCAAGGUUAACUUCAAAGAGUUGAGUCCAGAGCAGUUGGUGCUGCUGUUGGAGCUUCUUUUAGAGGAAUCAACGCUGAGCAUCUCCACAUUGAGACUCUUGCAGACAACAUAUAACCUAAAGGCACAGGAUGCUGAGGUGAAACAUCGCUGGUGUGAACUGGUGGUUAAGCAUAAACACACAGCUGCAUACCAAGACGUUGAGCUCUUUCUGAUCCAUGACCAGGCCAUGGGUGUGUAUUUGUACGGUGAGCUGAUGGUCCAGGAAGAUGCUCGACAGCAAGCUUUAGCACGUCAUUGCCUGUCUAUCAUUAAAGACAACAUGGACCAAUCAGCACAAAGCAUUGUGGAGGAAAUGAUCCUCUGAAUUUAGACAAGUCAGGUUUCAGAUUUGUCUAGUCUCCAGUCGCAGGUUCAACUUAGGGAAAUCAACCAGUCAGCUGUCUAAGGAUUCUACUUGUCCUUCAUCACUGAUGUCCACAGGGAAUACUAAAUGGAAUAUGCACAAAAUACAGUACCACAAUCAGAGACUUUAUCAAAAAUAAUUAGUUUCCAUCUAUAAGCAUUGUUCACAAAGCUGCAACACUUUUAUAUUUUUGUACUGGCAAAAAAACAAAAAAACAUUUAACACAAAUGUAAAUGUUCCAAAUUCUGUUAUUUAUUCUGUAAAUUCUAUUAAUUAAUCCAUCAUAAGUGUAAGUGGAGAACUUGACUACCUGAAUUAGACAACAGGUACAAUUUGUUUAUCAUGCAUAUUUGUUUGAUGUCAGCAAUCUCUGAACCCUCUCACCUCUUCAAUUCAUCAGAUAUGAAGAAAAUGUUUGUGGUAGAAAUAUCUGCUGAUGACGCAUGUUUGCACGCUAAACAUGUAACCUUAUCCUCACUGUUGGUGUUUUAACACCACUACACACAUUACACACAUUCAGAGACAAUGAGGGACAUAUCUGUAGCUAAUUUCACACAUAUUAGACAAAGAAUUUGUUAAAUUUAUGAUGCCACAUAAUCUAUCAGUUAUUUUGUACAGACAUAGGGGGCUGUAGUUAAAGGGAAAGUUCACCCCAAAUUUUACAUUCUGUUAUUUUCUCACUCUCAUGUUGUUCCUCAUUUUUGUGUGGAACACAAAAGCUAUUAGGCUAAAUGUUUGCCUGAUAACAUUCUGCCUAAUAUCUUUUAAUACAGGUUGGGAACAACAUGAAGGUGAGUAAAUUGGUGAACUAUCCCUUUAAGGCGUGGAGGCAACAGUCUACAAUUACAUUUUACAUCAUCCAGCUAUUUUAAUAAAUUCAGGAUGACCCAG